GCGGACACACCUCAAUCCUGUCGUUCAACAGUGAGGAAGACCAAAGAGCUGGAAGUGGAGAUCAACAUUUAUCUGGAUGUGCCUUCAAUUCCUUAGAGGUUCUGGACUUCUGGAUAGAAAAUGUUUGGACCUUUCAGCAAACACAUCCAGGGCUACCUGUCUGAGAGAAGGAGUCGCAGGGCCAGACUGGUUACCAAAGACGGACGCUGUAACAUCGAAUACGGAAACAUAAAGUACAGCAAACACUUUGCCUUCCUGGCAGACUUCUGGACCACGUUCGUGGAGAUCCGGUGGCGUUUUGUACUCUUCUUCUUCAUCGCAUCGUUCACCCUGAGCUGGUUCAUCUUUGGCCUGCUCUGGUACUGGAUUGCCCGCAGUAAUGGUGACCUGACAUGGCAGUCACCCCCCGUGGAUCACACGCCUUGUGUUGAUAACGUUGUCGGACUGACCACGGCGUUCCUGUACUCACUUGAAACCCAAACUACCAUCGGGUACGGUGGCCGAGCGCUCACUCCAGUGUGCCCCGGUGCCGUAGCCCUUCUCAUCAUCCAGUCUCUCUUGGGAGCGAUCAUCAACUGCUUCAUGUGUGGAAUCAUUUUGUCCAAAAUUUCCUUACCUAAAAAGAGAGCAAAGACGAUCACCUUCAGUGACAUGGCUGUCAUCAGCCCAAAGAACGGCGCUCUCUGCUUGUCAAUACGAGUUGCCAACCUUCGCAAGACCUUGAUGAUAGGAAGCCAGAUCUACGGCAAGCUGCUGAGAACAACCAAUACAGCAGACGGCGAGACCAUCAUCAUGGACCAGGUCAACAUUGACUUCAUGGUGGACGCCGGAAAGGACAACCUGUUCUUUGUAUGUCCACUCACGCUUUAUCACGUCAUCGACAAAAGCAGCCCCUUCUUCGAGAUGGCGGUGGACACGCUCCACAAGCAAGAGUUUGAACUGGUCGUCUUCCUCGACGGUACCGCCGAGUCCACCAGCUCCUCCUGUCAAGUCCGGACCUCCUUUAUCCCCCAGGAGAUCAUGUGGGGCUUCAAUUUCUUGCCGAUCAUCUCGCGAAGCAAAGAAGGCAAAUACAAGGUGGACUUCUCCAAUUUCUCCAAAGUGGUGCCUGUGGCCACUGCACACUGCGCCUACUGCUUCCACAACAUCAAGGGUCAUCACCACCACUCCAAAGACGGACACGACAAUCAGGGGUUUGAGGUCAUUGAUAUCAGUGACCCUGCAAGCAUCACCAAGAUGUAAGACUUCAGAGACACAGUGAACAACAGACUACUUGAGAAGAGUAGGUGCAGGGAACAGCAUCUAAGGGAGUACUCACCCUGGGCCAGUGCUUCUCAAAUAGUAGGGCGGUCCCCCAUUGGGGGGUGUACUAAUGUUAGAACAAUGCUGAUAAAAGCAACUCAUACAGUGGUUUGUACAGCUAAAUAAGACUAAGAGGUUUGCAUGUAUUUCACAUCGGCUAGUGUGAGUGCACUGAUCGGUGCUCCAGGUUAGUACACUUCCUUUCCUUUGGCAUGAUGGGGAGAGUUGGACUACGGCAUGGCCGUGUCAGUCUGUGGCACCCUCAUGCACAUGAAAGUCCUAAUUAAUAACAUGUAAGUAAAGCGAUCGCUUCUCUUCCAAGCAAUUGACAUUGGAAAUAAUCAAAACAAUUUGAAAUAAGACUGGGAAUCGUCCACAAAGUUAGAUGAAUUGCAGUAAUACAGCAGUGUGGAAGUGAAAGCAAUCACGCCCAAGUCCAGCCCGUUGCUAAUGGCCUAGUGUGAGUACGCCCUACAUGUUAGGUCAAGAAAACCUUCUUAUUUCUUUCUAUUGUGUUUAACAACCAAGGAACACGUGUGGGUCAAGACUAAUCCCUACGUAAAACCACACCUGUCAUUGUCUAGCCAUCAAGAACUUGAACCUCAGAGGGUCUGCCAGGUCAUUGGCUGAAAAGCAACACGUGAGGGAUGAAAAAAUGUAUAUAGUGUACAUAUACUGGUUGUUGUAGCAGAAAUGUAGUGGAAUGAGCUCUUGCUGUGUAUGAAGAUGAAAGACUGUAUUAUUCUGUCCAUAAAUCUUACUUGAGUGACUUGUUUUAAGUGUCUAGCAGACGUCAUGGAUGGGAAAACAAUAUUGGUUGUUGUUGAAUAAUUCAUGCCAGUGUAGUCCGAAGACAAAAAUGCACUUGGACUUGAAGCUGUUGCUGAACUACUCAAGGCAAGAGCACACGUUCGGUGGGCUCAGGGACCAAUGGCCGUUCUUGGUGAACUUCUUUCGUUGAAUAAAGACAAUGUGGGAGAACAACACUCUCAGGAAACGCUUAAAUGAUCAAAUCUUUGUCUUUUUUUUUUUUUUUUUUUAUCAGGGUUAUACUGAAAUAAAAAUAUUUUUGCACUCAUUUUGUCUGUCUGUCUUGUCUGUAACAUUAUUAAUGUAAUCGAAAAGGUCAAAGCGACAUUCUGCCAGCUGCCAAACCCCUAUUAAGGAUUUUCAUCUAAACAAAGUCAAGUUGUGACAGCAAACAAGAAUCCAAACACUGAAAAGUAAGCCAGCAAAGAGGGGAUGUCCACUGCUGAGUAGCCUCUGACUCGGAUUCUUUAG